GAAGAAGAAGGUAUAAUAUUAAUUACCGAAUCAAGGAGCUCGGCACACUCAUCCCGAAGUCUAAUGAUCCUGAUAUGCGCUGGAACAAAGGAACUAUUUUAAAAGCAUCAGUGGAGUACAUCAAGUGGCUACAAAAAGAACAACAGAGAGCCAGAGAAUUAGAACACAGGCAGAAGAAAUUAGAGCAUGCUAACAGAAGACUUCUACUCCGAAUUCAGGAACUGGAGAUCCAGGCACGUGCACAUGGCCUUCCAGUCAUGUCUUCAUUCAGUGCUGUCGAUUUAGCUGCACAGGUCAUCAAGCAACAAUCUUAUCCUGAGGAGAACUCUGUAGACUACUCUCAACAAAUGCCUCUGGCACAUGGACCAAAUUCUGAUGUUUGCGAGGGAUCUACAGCCUUUUCUGAUCCACUCUCACACUUCACAGAUUUGUCCUUCAGCGCAGCUUUAAAAGAAGAACAACGGCUAGAGGAAAUCUUGCUGGAAGACACAGUGUCGCCAUUUGGAACAGACCCACUCUUGUCCUCCACAUCCCCAGCUGCAUCAAAAGAGAGCAGCAGGAGAAGCAGCUUUAGCACAGAUGACGGAGGUGAUUUAUAAAAGCAGAAAAGGCCUCAUACUUCUCUAAACCACUUGCUAAAAGACUGAGUUGAACGUAAGCACGGUGUUUGUGCUCAUUUUAAAUAUGAAUAAGGAGAGCCACUGUGAAGAUAAGUUACUACCUGUCAAGGGUUUAAAUCAGCCCGUAAUUCACAGGAAAAUGAGAUGGACAUGGACUCAUAUCACUUUGCCCUGAAUUCACACCCUCUGUUCACAGCUGACAUUUGCACAAAUCUUUCU